CCGGCCCCAUAAAGCCACUGUCACCCGCGGGGACACGGCCCAGAGGACAAGGGACAGGAUCCCGCGAGGUGACACAUCCGCAGGCCCAGCCAUGUCGCACGCGUCCAGAGCUGCCCUCAGAGGGACACCCCGGGGACAUCGCUCGCAGGUCAUGUUGGGGAGCGGGGACACGCCCGAGGGUGUCAUCGACCCCGACAUGGUGGCCUUGUUCGAGGACUUCCUGGGGACAGAGGUGUCGGUGGCCUUCGCGGGGGCGCGGCCGGUGGCGCAGCCGUACCACUACGUGCUGCGGGACACGGAGCAGCAGGGGCUGUGCCUGCGCGACGGCCACCUGGUGGCCACCAGCCUGCAGGGGGCCAACGCCGCCAUGGAAGAGCCCAUCAGCGUUGUCCCCAACCGGCACCUGGAGCGCCGGCGCUGUCCCCUCAUCGUGGGCAUCCGCGGUGGCACCCGCGCCCUGUCCUGCGGCACCGGCCCCGAGCCCCGGCUGAGCCUGGAGGACGUGGGGCUGCUGGAGCUGUUCUCGGGUGACAAGGACAGGGCCACGCCCUUCACCUUCUACAAGACCUUCGGGGGCUCCACGCACACCUUCGAGGCCGCCGCCUUCCCCGGGCUCUUCCUCAGCACGGCCACGGGCCCGGGCGAGGCGCUGGCCCUGGCGCCGCCCCCCGGGGCCACCGCCUUCUACCUGCGCCGCAAGUGACACCGGGGACAUCCA